UUUGACUACUCAACUAUCGUGCACUUAAAGCGUGGCUUCAUAGCGGGAGCUCCGAGACAGCUGCUUUGUCAGAAACCUCCAUGUGAUCAAAUUGACCCGACCCGGAAACUACGAGGAAUACUAAGGGGAAACAAACGAAUGCAGAAUAUUUUCCCAUUUUUCUCUUUCCAUGGCUUCCUCGUCAUCAUCUUCUGCAACUCGUCUCAGGCACUACGAUGUCUUCCUCAGUUUUCGAGGGGUAGAUACCCGCCAAACCAUCGUCAGCCAUUUGUAUGUGGCUCUACGUAAUAAUGGAGUUCUUACUUUUAAAGAUGAUCGGAAGCUCGAGAUUGGCGACACCAUUGCCGAUGGUCUAGUCAAAGCUAUACAAACUUCGUGGUUUGCGGUGGUUAUUCUCUCUGAAAACUACGCUACUUCGACGUGGUGCUUGGAGGAGCUCCGGUUGAUAAUGCAGCUUCACAGUGAGGAGCAGAUCAAAGUGCUUCCUAUCUUCUACGGCGUAAAACCCUCUGACGUGAGAUACCAGGAAGGAAGCUUCGCGACUGCCUUUCAAAGGUACGAAGCAGAUCCGGAGAUGGAGGAGAAGGUUUCUAAAUGGAGAAGAGCUCUCACCCAAGUCGCUAAUCUAUCAGGCAAGCAUUCCAGAAAUUGCGUGGAUGAGGCAGAUAUGAUAGCCGAGGUAGUUGGAGGCAUCUCAAGUCGACUGCCAAGGAUGAAGUCGACAGAUUUGAUUAAUUUAGUUGGAAUGGAAGCUCAUAUGAUGAAGAUGACUCUCCUUCUGAAUAUUGGUUGUGAAGACGAGGUUCAUAUGAUAGGGAUCUGGGGAAUGGGAGGCAUAGGCAAAUCCACCAUUGCCAAGUGUCUCUAUGAUCGAUUUUCACGUCAAUUUCCAGCUCACUGUUUUUUGGAAAACGUGUCUAAAGGCUAUGAUAUUAAGCAUCUACAAAAGGAAUUGCUUUCCCAUAUCCUCUAUGAUGAAGAUGUCGAGUUAUGGAGCAUGGAAGCUGGAUCCCAAGAGAUAAAGGAGAGACUCGGGCAUCAAAAAGUUUUUGUCGUGCUUGAUAAUGUCGAUAAAGUGGAGCAGUUACAUGGCCUGGCAAAGGACCCAAGCUGGUUCGGUCCAGGGAGCCGUAUCAUCAUAACCACACGAGACAAAGGUUUGCUCAAUUCCUGCGGAGUAAACAAUAUAUAUGAGGUUAAGUGCUUGGACGAUAAGGAUGCGCUUCAGGUUUUUAAAAAGUUAGCUUUUGGGGGAAGACCUCCUUCUGAUGGUUUUGAGCAACUCUUUAUCAGAGCUUCUCGGCUUGCUCACGGCCUUCCUUCUGCCCUUGUAGCUUUUGCCUCCCAUCUCAGUGCUAUUGUGGCCAUAGAUGAAUGGGAAGAUGAGCUAGCUCUACUUGAAACAUUCCCUCAAAAAAAUGUCCAAGAGAUUUUGAGAGCUAGCUAUGACGGUUUAGAUCAAUACGACAAGACUGUUUUCCUUCAUGUGGCAUGUUUCUUUAAUGGUGGCCAUCUCCGAUAUAUCAGAGCAUUUCUUAAAAAUUGUGAUGCAAGGAUAAAUCACUUAGCAGCAAAGUGUCUCGUCAACAUAUCAAUUGAUGGAUGUAUAAGCAUGCAUAUCUUGCUAGUACAAACUGGAAGAGAAAUUGUGCGUCAAGAAUCCGACUGGAGGCCUUCCAAACAAAGGUUUUUAUGGGAUCCUACAGAGAUCCAUUAUGUACUGGACAGUAACACAGGUACUCGAAGAGUUGAAGGCCUGUCACUGCACUUGUGUGAAAUGGCUGACACUUUAUUAUUGAGGAAUAGUGUUUUUGGCCCUAUGCAUAAUCUCACAUUUCUCAAGUUCUUCCAGCACUUGGGUGGUAAUGUGUCGAACCUGCAGCUAAUUUCAGAUGAUUAUGUUCUUUCUCGUAAUCUGAAGUUACUACACUGGGAUGCCUAUCCAUUGACUAUAUUGCCACCUAUCUUUCGACCACACACCAUUAUUGAACUCAGUCUGCGAUACAGCAAACUCAACAGCCUCUGGGAUGGAACCAAGCUGCUUCCAAACCUACGGAUACUAGAUGUAACAGGAUCGAGGAAUCUCAGAGAACUUCCAGAACUUUCGACCGCAGUAAAUCUUGAAGAGUUGAUAUUGGAAAGCUGUACGAGCCUGGUGCAAAUCCCAGAGUCUAUUAAUAGAUUAUAUCUGAGGAAACUAAAUAUGAUGUACUGUGAUGGUCUUGAGGGAGUGAUACUCGUCAAUGACCUUCAAGAAGCCAGCCUCAGCCGCUGGGGCCUCAAACGGAUUAUACUGAACCUUCCUCAUUCAGGGGCGACACUGAGUUCUCUGACAGAUCUAGCUAUCCAGGGGAAAAUAUUCAUUAAGUUGUCGGGUCUCUCGGGUACGGGAGACCAUCUGUCUUUUAGUUCUGUGCAGAAGACCGCUCAUCAAUCAGUAACACAUCUACUUAACUCUGGUUUCUUUGGUUUGAAAUCACUCGACAUCAAGCGGUUCAGUUACAGGUUGGAUCCUGUUAAUUUCAGCUGUCUUAGCUUUGCAGACUUUCCAUGUCUGACCGAGCUAAAGCUGAUAAACUUAAACAUUGAAGACAUCCCUGAAGACAUAUGUCAGUUGCAGCUCCUAGAGACACUGGACCUCGGUGGAAAUGAUUUCGUGUAUCUACCCACAUCCAUGGGACAACUUGCCAUGUUAAAGUACCUCAGCCUCAGUAACUGUCGCAGACUUAAGGCACUGCCACAACUUUCUCAGGUGGAGAGACUCGUACUUUCUGGCUGUGUGAAGCUCGGAUCAUUGAUGGGAAUUCUUGGUGCAGGCAGAUACAAUUUGCUUGAUUUUUGCGUUGAAAAAUGCAAGAGUCUUGGAUCAUUGAUGGGAAUUCUUAGUGUGGAAAAAUCAGCUCCAGGCAGAAACGAGUUGCUUGAGCUUAGCCUUGAAAACUGUAAGAGUCUUGUGUCAUUAUCAGAGGAGCUUAGUCAUUUCACCAAGUUAACAUAUCUAGAUCUCAGCAGCCUCGAGUUUAGGAGAAUCCCAACAAGCAUCAGAGAGUUAUCCUUUAUGAGAACUCUCUACCUCAACAACUGCAACAAAAUCUUUUCACUGACAGAUCUUCCAGAGAGCCUCAAGUAUCUCUAUGCACAUGGGUGCGAAUCUCUGGAGCAUGUUAACUUCUCUUCGAAUCAUUCUUUCAACCACUUGGACUUUAGCCAUUGCAUCAGUCUAGAAUGUAUUAGCGAUCUGGUUCGUGACUUUAUGAACGAGGAAUAUUCUCAAGAGGUAAGGCUCUCUUCUCUAUAAUCUGUUCCCUUUAACCCCCUCAUAAGCUAUAUUUUUAAGUUGUGACUUGAUUGAUUCUCAUUUUGCACGUAGGCUCCAUUUCGACUUGUUUGUAUAACGAAAUACUCAAUUGCUUCUACCAACAAUAUGCGAACCUCAUGGAGGGAACCUAUGAGGAUCAAACUACCUAAGAUUAAAGCUGCCCCCAAGCUUGUGGGAUUCUUUGUCCAAAUCAUGGUUGUUUGCGAAAAGCCCUUCCAUCUACAGUUUCCAGCGUUUUCUUAUAAUUGGGACUGUGAAGGUAGCAGGUUAUAUCGGAUUAACCUCAAACCAAAUCUCUAUCAAUCAUCAGAGAUGAUGGAGGACAACAAUAAUAGACCAUAUAAAUGGCAUCACCUGGUCAUUGUCCAAAUCCCAACUGGCAUCAUCAGCGCAGAAAUUGAUGAGGUGCAAUUCGAAUCCCAUAUCCAAGUUCCGGAGCCGGGCGACGAGAUAAUUUUGUGUGGAGUUGAACACGUUGGGUUCGUUUUAAAGUAGCUGGUGCGGAGAUCAAUUCUUAAGAUGAUGAUGGAUCUGCAGAUUUCUAAACACAAGGAUUUGUACCAAUUUUCGUUUUGGAACUAAAUAAAUUACUACCCAUGUAACCUCGUGUCGGUUUGCUUUUAUAAUCGGUUUGGUAUUUUUCGGUUUAAUUGUGACUUGAUUUUAUUUUUUUCCUUUUAAGAGAACCAAUUUUUUCUUUCUGCUUUGUACUCGAUGUCUGCCCUUUUUGCUCAACAAGCUUUACCAGAUUGUAUUCUGGUAUUUCAUCAGGCUAGAAAUGGAGAAAGAAAAGUUGGAGCUGC